GACUGUCCCCAGAUCCUUCCCUCCACCCAGAUCUACAUCCCCGUGGGUGUGGUGAAACCCAUCACCCUGACGGCCAAGAACCUGCCACAGCCACAGUCCGGCCAGCGCAACUACGAGUGCAUCUUCCACAUCCCUGGCAGCACCACGCGUGUCACCGCCCUGCGCUUCAACAGCACCAGCAUCCAGUGCCAGAACACCUCGUAUUUCUACGAAGGGAAUGACAUCAGCGACUUGCCAGUCAACUUGUCUGUGGUCUGGAAUGGGAACUUCGUCAUUGACAACCCCCAGAACAUCCAGGCCCACCUGUACAAGUGCUCGGCCCUGCGGGAGAGCUGCGGCCUGUGCCUGAAGGCUGACCCACGCUUUGAGUGUGGCUGGUGCGUGUUGGAGCGGCGCUGCUCGCUGCGGCAGCACUGCCUGGCCUAUGAGAGCAGCUGGAUGCACGCCAGCAGUGGUAACAGCCGCUGCACCGACCCCAAGAUCACCAAGCUGUCACCUGAGACCGGCCCCAGGCAAGGAGGGACCCGUCUGACCAUCACUGGCGAGAACCUGGGCCUGAAGUUUGAAGAUGUUCGCUGGGGCGUUCGGGUUGGCAAAGUGGUGUGCAUCCCCAUCGAGAGCGAGUACAUCAGCGCUGAGCAGAUCGUGUGUGAAAUUGGAGAUGCCAGCCCAAGCAAGGUCCAUGAGGCACGUGUGGAAGUGUGCAUCCGCAACUGCUCGCCCAGCUACCGGGCCGUGUCCCCCAAGAGCUUCACCUUCGUGACACCCACUUUCUCCCGUGUGGUCCCAGCCCGCGGCCCCCUCUCUGGUGGCACCUGGAUUGCCAUCGAAGGGAGCCACCUCAACGCCGGCAGCAACGUCUCCGUGACUAUCGGGGGACGGCCCUGUGCUUUCUCAUGGAGAAGCGCCCGUGAGAUCCGGUGCAGGACUCCCCCUGGCCACACGCCCGGUGGCUCCCCCAUCCUCAUCAACAUCAACCGGGCAGAGCUGAGCAACCCGGAGGUGAAGUACAACUACACGGAGGAUCCCACCAUCCAGAAAAUCGAUCCUGAGUGGAGCAUCAACAGCGGUGGGACGCUGCUGACCGUGACUGGCACCAACCUGGCCACCAUCAAAGAGCCCAGGAUCCGGGCCAAGUACUGCAACUCUGAAAGGGAGAACAACUGCACUGUCUACAACGACACCACCAUGGUGUGCUACGCGCCCUCCAUCGACAACCCCGUGCGCAGUCCUCCGGAGGUUGGCGACCGCCCGGAUGAGAUCGGCUUCGUCAUGGAUAACGUCCAGGCCCUGCUGAUCGUCAACACCACCAAUUUCGUUUACUACCCGGACCCUGUCUUUGACCCGCUCCGCCCCACAGGCAUGCUGGAGCUGAAGCCCAGCUCUCCCCUCAUCCUCAAGGGCAGGAACCUGCUCCCGCCAGCUGCUGGUAACUCCCGCCUAAACUACACGGUGCUGAUCGGAGACACUCCCUGCACCCUGACCGUCUCUGAGACCCAGCUCCUCUGCGAGUCCCCCAACCUCACUGGCCAGCACAAAGUCACGAUCAAGGCUGGAGGGUUCGAGUUCUCCCCGGGGACGCUGCAGAUCUACUCGGACAGCCUGCUCACCCUGCCCGCCAUCAUCGGGAUUGGUGGUGGCGGUGGUCUGCUCCUCCUCAUCAUCAUCAUCGUCCUCAUCGCCUACAAGCGCAAAUCCCGGGAUGCUGACCGGACCCUGAAACGCCUCCAGCUGCAGAUGGACAACCUGGAGUCCCGGGUGGCCCUGGAGUGCAAGGAGGCCUUCGCUGAGCUGCAGACUGAUAUUAACGAGCUGACCAACGACCUGGAUGGGGCUGGCAUCCCCUUUCUGGAUUACCGCACCUACGCCAUGCGGGUUCUUUUCCCGGGGAUAGAGGACCACCCUGUGCUGAAGGAGAUGGAGGUCCAGGCGAACGUGGAGAAGUCCUUGACUCUCUUCGGGCAGCUCCUGAACAAGAAGCACUUCUUGCUGACCUUCAUCCGCACACUGGAGGCUCAGCGGAGUUUCUCCAUGCGAGACCGUGGCAAUGUGGCUUCCCUCAUCAUGACAGCGCUGCAGGGUGAGAUGGAGUAUGCCACAGGCGUGCUGAAGCAGCUCCUCUCUGACCUCAUCGAGAAGAACCUGGAGAGUAAGAACCACCCCAAGCUGCUCUUGCGGAGAACGGAGUCAGUGGCAGAGAAGAUGCUGACGAAUUGGUUCACGUUUCUGCUGUACAAGUUUCUGAAGGAGUGUGCUGGGGAACCGCUUUUUUGUGCCAUCAAGCAGCAGAUGGAGAAGGGACCCAUUGAUGCCAUCACAGGAGAGGCUCGCUACUCCCUCAGUGAAGACAAGCUUAUCCGGCAGCAGAUUGACUACAAAAUGCUGACCCUCAACUGCGUGAACCCCGAGAAUGAGAACGCCCCGGAGAUCCCCGUCAAGGUGCUGAACUGCGACACCAUCACGCAGGUGAAAGAGAAGCUGCUCGACGCUGUCUACAAGGGGGUGCCCUAUUCCCAGCGACCCAAAGCGGGAGACAUGGACCUGGAGUGGCGGCAGGGCAGGAUGGCCCGGAUCAUACUGCAGGAUGAAGAUGUCACCACAAAGAUCGACAAUGACUGGAAGAGGCUAAAUACCCUGGCCCACUACCAGGUGACGGACGGCUCCUCUGUAGCCCUGGUGCCCAAGCAGAACUCGGCGUACAACAUCUCCAACUCCUCCACCUUCACCAAGUCCCUAAGCAGAUACGAGAGCAUGCUGCGGACAGCCAGCAGCCCCGACAGCCUGCGCUCACGGACCCCCAUGAUCACCCCCGACCUGGAGAGCGGCACCAAGCUCUGGCACCUGGUGAAAAACCACGACCACAUGGACCAGCGGGAGGGCGACCGGGGCAGCAAGAUGGUCUCCGAAAUCUACCUGACCCGCCUGUUAGCCACCAAGGGCACCCUGCAGAAAUUCGUGGAUGACCUGUUUGAGACCAUCUUCAGUACAGCACAUCGUGGGAGCGCGCUGCCCCUCGCCAUCAAAUAUAUGUUUGAUUUCCUGGAUGAACAAGCUGAUAAGCAUCAGAUCAAUGAUUACGAUGUCAGGCACACCUGGAAGAGUAACUGUCUACCUCUACGUUUUUGGGUGAAUGUGAUUAAGAACCCCCAGUUUGUGUUCGACAUUCACAAGAACAGUAUUACUGAUGCCUGCCUAUCCGUGGUGGCUCAGACAUUCAUGGACUCCUGCUCAACUUCUGAGCACAAGCUAGGAAAAGACUCUCCCUCCAACAAACUACUGUACGCCAAGGACAUCCCCAACUACAAGAGCUGGGUAGAAAGAUAUUAUGCAGAUAUAGCUAAAAUGCCAGCGAUCAGUGACCAGGACAUGAGCGCGUACCUGGCGGAGCAGUCGCGGUUACACCUCAGCCAGUUCAACAGUAUGAGCGCACUGCACGAGAUCUACUCCUACAUCACCAAGUACAAGGACGAGCUUGUAGCUGCCAUGAGAGUGGAAGAGGAGCAGUCUGGAGGAUCGGGGUCUGCUGUGGGACAGCCAUCACGCCUCAGCCUUCAUCAAGUGCUCACUUCCUCCAGGCUGCAAGUCCCUCAGGCCUUAAAUAAACCCUCCAAGCCCUGG